AUGGUAGAUGGAGGUGCAUCAAUCAAUCUACUCUUUUACAGACUAUCAGUGAAGAUGGGUAAAACAGAGAAAGAUCUAAUUCCAAUGCGUCUUACAGUCACCAAUUUCGCUGGAGGCAUCACUACGACCCAUGUGAUACUAGAUGUGGAUGUCAUAGUAGGAACCAAGAAGUUGAAGAUUGCAUUCUUUGUGGUAGACACCACUUCUACCACUUACAAUGCAUUACUUGGGAGGGACUGGAUCCACCAGAGCCUACGAUCUAUUGGUAGCCUUUUGGUUCAAGAGAACAAGGAAGUAAAGGAGCGGCCAGUCUACUACCUGAGCAGAACUCUAAUAGAAGUGGAAAGAAAAUAUUCUGUGAUUGAGAGGCUAUGUCUGGCUUUGUACUUCACCGCUAGAAAACUCAGACAUUACAUGUUACCCUUUACCAUCUACAUCAUUGCCAAGACAGACUUCAUCAAGUACAUGAUGACAAGAUCAAUGCGGAGAGGCAAAAUUUUUAAAUGGACUCUGGCCUUGUCAGAAUUUGUCUUCCGCUAUGUUCCUCAGAAAGCUAUCAAAGGACAAGCUGUAUCAGAUUUUCUAGCAGAUCUUCCAGGGGAAGAGAUUGAGAACAUGGAUUCCAUGGAUAUAGCCAAUGUAGAUCUGUUAUGUAGAGCUCAUACUUACCUCAAUAAUCCCUUAUACUCGGUCCAUCUCACCCCAUGGAAGCUGUAUUUUGAUGGAUCUAAAACCGACCUCGCCUCUGACACAGGAAUUGUUUUAAAAGAUCCAUUGGGAAUCAAGCACUGUUAUUCAUUCCAGCUAGACUUUCUAUGCACCAACAACAGAGUAGAGUACGAGGCUUUGAUCAUUGGCCUUGAGAUGCUGAUAGAAUUAGGAGUACAGUAUGUGGAAAUCCAAGGAGAUUAUGUGCUUGUUCUAAAGCAGAUUACAGGAGAAUACAAGUGUUUAAAUCCUUCUCUAGUAGUUUAUUUCGUGGCAGCUAGAAACCUCUUGGUGGAAUUCAGGGAGGCUACUUGGUAA